GAGAAGAUGGUGCGUCCAGUAAAAAGGCGCAAUUCCUCUGUUACCUACACCAAAUACCUCAUUGAAGCCAUCCGAUAUAUCAGAUAUCAGAAACAGAUCCCCAACAUAGAGAGAAUAUCUCGCUACAUGAACCGUGAGUAUGGACUGGCGGAAUCCUUCACCGAGAAACAUCUCCAUUAUGCCGUCAAAGACAACAUCAUCCACUCCUACAUGGCGGUAGGCAAGAAGGGCAGCAUGACAGGGGUAGAGCAGGAGGGGUUCAAGAUUCCAGAGGAAGAGGAGGAAACUAGAGGGGACCAUGACUGGUAUUGUUUUGAGUGCCACACGGCGGGGGACGUCCUGCCCUGCUCCGACUGCUGGAGGGUAUUCCAUCCCAGCUGUACCCUGGAGGAGUGGACCGGACCCAAAUUCACUUGUAGUAUUUGUAAGGCAGCAAAACAGAAGAAGAAAAUCAAGAGGAGAAUGUUAAACACACUGUUAGGGUACACCAUACAGAGAAUGAAGGAAAAGACCAAAGAACUUCACAAGAUAGGACACAGAGAGCAAGAGAAGAAAUUUACAAACUUUUUUGUGUAUAAGACAAUGGAUCUUAACCACAUAGAGAUGAGAGUGGACCACCAGAAAUACAAGACAGCUGAGGAGUUCCUAGCAGACAUCCAGCUCAUUUACCAUAAUGUAUAUCUCAUCUAUGGAGAGGAAAAGAAAGGAAUGGUGGAACUAGCCUUUAUUCUUGUGAAAGACUGUAAAUAUGAUAUAGAUGAAAUGAGACAGUGUCAAAACUGUUAUUAUAUGUCCAAUGCAAAACCUAAAGACUGGUUCUGUCAACCAUGUAAUCCUCCACAUGAACUUGUCUAUGCUAAAUUAAAGGGCUACUGUCACUGGCCGGCCAAAGUCAUACGACACGUAGCAGAUAAAUACGACUGUAGAUUUUUUGGGGCCCCGCAUCAGAGAGCCCUUAUACCAAAGGAUAUGAUAAAACCAAUAGAAACCAACAUAAAGACCUUGACAGUCAAAAGAUCUGCAGGUUUUGUGAAGGCCUGUGAAGAGCUAGCUAGACAUCAGAGGUUACUGGCCGAGAAGCAUUUCACAGCAGACUCCGACUCCGAGAGCCUGGAAGGAAGUGACAACGGACCAGAACGAAUGGAGGAGGAGGAGGAAGAAGAGGAAGAGACCAGUCCACUGGAGGUCAGCUCCACCAGUGUCAGUCCAAUGAAGAAGAGGAUCUGUCUAAAGGCCCCCACACCAGAGGACAGUAAUUUAGUGACGUCUAGUGAGGAUAAAGUCCCCAAAGUGAUCACACUGAAUGCCUCCAGUCAAACCAUCACAAAGCUAACCAAAAGUCAGAGUAUUCAGACGGAACUAGAACCAAAACCAGAUUCAACCGAUUCUAAACCAGAACCAGCUCUACCAAUGCAGUACAGUCCGGAUGCCUCCGACGCCAAGAGUGGCGAUGAGGAGGCCCCCGUGCUGAGCCCCAGUAAUGAGGCCAGCGAGGAGAAAACGCCAGAAACCACGUGUAACUGUAGUGAGAAGUACGAGAAGAUCAUCAGUGAUUUAGAGGCCAAACUGGAAACAGCCCAUCAGGAUGAGAAAGAGAAGGCCUUAGAAGAACUCUCCGAUAGGCUUCAGAAAGACUUUGAGGAGGACAAGCAGCAAGCCGUGUCUCGAGCCAUGGCAAACAUGAAUCGCGAGAUUGAACGUACCAAACAGGCCACAGAGGAAAAAUGCAAGAAAGAGUAUAUGGAGGAAAUGAAGAAACUGGCAGCGAAACAUAAAGAUGCAAUAUCUGCUACCAAGAAAAAGCAGUGGUGCUAUAAUUGUGAGGAGGAGGCAAUGUACCAUUGUUGUUGGAACACUUCGUACUGUUCCGUCAAGUGUCAGCAGGAACACUGGCACAAGGAACACAAACGUGUGUGUCGACGGAAACGGUAGCCGUUCACCAAAAACCGUUCAUCUACCAGAGGAGAAAAUCUGACAGGGAGACAUUAAAGCACAGUGCUAUUUACAGUGCUUUCGUUCUGUGAGAGACCAAGUAACUGAAGGUAACUAGGAGAAAAAAGACCGUGCCAUGGGGAAACUGUUGCAGCAGACUCGAUUUAGUUCACCAGCCAAUAAAGAUAUAUAAAACUGUCACCCAUUUGAUUGACAGUUUGGCGUACAUGUAUUUUACAUAGUAAUAAGAUUUCUAUGAUGAAAAAUUUUACCUAGCUUUAUAUCUGGAAUAGAAACUUUUGAUCAAUUUUACAUUUAGUUACAUUGAAUUGGAAUUUUUUUUUUCAAAUUGAAAUAUUUAGGAAUUUUAUAAAUAAUAUUUUUUCAAGAAUAAUUUUGUAUGCCUUCACUACCGCAAGGGACAAAUGAAUGAAACUGAAAUUGCACGUAUUCCUUAGCAGUCAGUGAAAGGAUAUAUGUUUUUGUACAGUACUUUUAAUCAUACCGGCCAUAUAUAUUUGUUAUACAUGUAUAAACAGGUCUUCAUUGCAAACCCUAGAAUAUUACACAGUCAUAUUUCAUUGUAGUAGUAGCACAGGGAAUUUAAAGUCCUUUGCAUUAUUUAUAUAGAGUGUAAUUUAUACAUGUGCAUAGCAAGCAAAUCCUUUUACCUUUUCUUUUCAACUAUUCCAAGGAUUGUGAAUAUUUAUGUACAUGUACCUGUAUAUAAAUUAUAGCUACUUAUUUUUUUUUUAAUAUAUUGCAAGUAGAAUGUUCUAUGUUUUCAAGUUUUUAAAUACUUGUAUGAAAUUAUUAAUUGGUAGAUGAUUCCCAUUGAAAAAAGUGUUACUGAAUUGAUACAUACUAGGAGAAGGCUGAUUUGCAUUGAAAACUCUGAUAUCUUGAUCAUUGUCAUGUUGAAUGCCUGGGAUUUAUUAAGAGGAGUUGGUUGUCUUUUAAUACUUUGUUAUGAUUAAAAGCUUGUGUUUGUUGAUUUGAGAAUAUCUUAAAAGAAUACUGUAAGUGUACUUAAAAAAGCUGGCUUCAUAUUUUAGCGGCUUUGGCGCAGACAACAUUGCAGUAAUUCAUAAAUACUGUUAAAAAAUCAUUUAUACCAGUACAUGUAAUAUAAAGUGCGGACAUGUGUAGCGCUAAUUCAUGACUGUGCUACCCAGUGAUUGCGCUAAAUGUUGAAUACGCCAAUUUAUGUACAUGUACACGUACAGUAUUUUCGUAUUUUACCAUGUAUAUCAAUGAUAUACCGUAUGUUCUCAUUUUAUACGAGAACUUGUUCAAGACUCAUGCUCGGAAUUUACAGCAAAAAUGUUUGCAUAUAAAGCUAAGCCAACUAGACUUGGAGUGCAUUUUCGUAACUCGUAAAUGCUGACUUUGUUUUAAGAUAUAAUUAAGCACGUGUAGAUAUAGAUUCUAAACAGAGUUAUUUUUGUGUUGAUCGUCACACAUUUUAGCAGAGGUAACAUUAGAGAUAUAAGUAUCAGAAAGACCCUUUCAUUUGCAGCUUAUACUUUAUGUUCUUACUUUUUCUUGUCAAAGGUAGAUGAGAAUAUUUUGAUUUUUCAUAAUUUAUCAUUUUUGUAAGAUGAUAACACUUGUAUGAACAGUUUUAGAUGAAAUGUUUUAAAUUUUUCCUGUAUCAAGAUUUUUUCGAUUUUGAUUAUGACCACCAGACUGAUAAGAGAAGGCAAUCCAUACAUUUACAAAACACAGGGUUAUUUUUGCCCCAUUUUAAUUUCAACCUUUU